AUGCCUUCAGAGAAGCCGGUUACUCCCAAGAAAAUGAACUUGGAAAUUGACAAAGAGCCUGAGGUGAAGUGUGACAUGGAGAACGAUGCCCAGGAGAAAAAAACAAAGAAGAAGGACAAAGUGAAAGAAUCUGAAGACACACGGAAGACAAACAAGACAACCAAAAAAGAGCGUAAAAAAACACACUUCCAGGAUGCUUCAACUCAGGAGAUAGAGUCCGUGGUGGAGGUGGCAAGUCCAAAGAAGAAUAAACGCGAUGAAAGUGACGAUGAAGAGGAAGACGGCUCCGAGAGGCCUGUCCCUCAGUCACCAAAGUGGAAAAAACAACUGGACACAUCCAGGUGCCAAAUAAGUGACGAGAGCAAAGACGAGGAAGUCCAAGAAAAGGAGAAAAAGGAAAAAAAGACAAAAAAGGGAGAGAAAACUAACCUGAGUCUAGCUUCGCUUAACUCCAACUACAGGGAGAGUUCAUCUUCAGGCAGUGAAUAUAAUGAAAGAUCAACUUCUCCAAUGUCAGUAGAGGAUCUAGAGAAGUUUGCUUUGCGUCCUGCUCCCAGAGACGUAACGAUCCAGUGCAGGGUCACCAGGGACAGAAGAGGUAUGGAGAAGGGCAUUUACCCGACUUACUACCUCCACAUGGAGAAGGAGGACGGAAAGAGGGUGUUUCUGAUGGCCGGCAGAAAAAGGAAGAAGUGUAAAACAUCCAACUAUCUCAUCUCGACUGACGCAACAAAUCUAUCCAGAGACACAAACUGCUACAUAGGAAAACUCAGGGCCAAUAUUCUGGGUACAAAGUUCACAGUCUAUGAUGGAGGAGAAAACCCAGAGAAAAAGCCCUUCAUCAAAGAGUGUGAAUCAGUGCGGCAAGAGCUGGCAGCAAUUUUCUAUGAGACAAAUGUGCUGGGCUUCAAGGGUCCCAGGAAAAUGACGGUGAUCAUCCCUGGCAUGCUGGAGAACGAUGAACGAGUGUCCAUUCGUCCAAAAAAUGAUCUUGAAAGUCUACUGGUCCGCCAUGCAAACGGCAACACAGACAAACUGGUCACCCUGGUGAACAAAUCCCCGAGCUGGAACGAACAGACUCAGUCUUAUGUGCUUAACUUCCACGGGCGUGUCACCCAGGCCUCUGUCAAAAACUUCCAGAUCAUCCACCCUGACAACGACGAUUACAUAGUGAUGCAGUUUGGACGUGUAGCGGAGGACGUCUUUUCCAUGGAUUACAGUUUCCCCAUGUGUGCCCUGCAAGCCUUUGCCAUCACCCUGUCGUCCUUUGAUGGCAAACUAGCCUGUGACCACGAUCUUCACUGUGUGACUGAUUACCUGUCAACCACCAACUGCACCCUGAGCAUGGUACCAUCAGAAAACACAGACGGAAACACCCCCUACUGGCUCACUUUCACAGAAACAUAUGAGCUAGAGACAUUUAACUGUAUGCUGAAAAACACCAGUGAGGAUUAUUUCUGCUCUGUUAAAACAUCUGAUCCUACGCCUGAUGACGAUGAUUUUCCAGAAACCUUCACGGACACAGACACCUUUGAAAUCUCACUCUGUCACAACCAAAAUGAUGGAUCUAAACUCUGCAAGGUGCUGGAUGGCGAAUAUGCACCUUUCACAAACAUUAAACCAAACGCACCUUGCUGCCUCUCAGUUAGCCACAACUCAAGUCAACACCACUUCACCUGGAAUAGCACCUAUGAGAAAUACAGACCUUCCACCGACCUUGUCGACAACCUCAAGUAUCAGCUCCAUUACUUCAAAAGAGAAGACAAACAUGACGGCAACAUGACGGUGACGCCACAUGAUAUCAACACAGAUAGAACAAGUUAUUCUGUGGAUGAUCAGAUGUUUGUGCCAGACACUGAGUAUGUAGCCAGAGUACGGUCCAGUCCUAAUCAGGUAUUUUAUAAAGGACAGUGGAGCGACUGGUCCUCUGAGGUUCACUGGAGGACAGAGUCAGCCAUGAAUGAUCUCCCGAACAAAUUCGUUUCUGGAAUGGUUAUGAAGGUUUUCAUCCUCUUAUGUGUGAUGGUGCCAAUCAUCUUACUUUUGUGCUAUGCUCCUGUUCAAAAGUGGAGGCAAAAUUCCUUUAUCCCAACUCCAGCACCCUAUUUCCAGAACCUAUACAGUGACUGCCAGGGAGAUUUCAAGAGCUGGGUGAUUACACAAGAACACUCGGCAGACAUGCUGAAAGCAGAGGCGUCACUCCAAAUCGACACCCUGAUCAAGUGUGCAGAUGCCGCGGAGGAAGACCGUCAGCCCCGGUUUCACCACCCGUUGAUGGAAGGCAGCCAAUACAGUAACAUAAUUGACCCAGUCUGUGAUACUUCUCUCCUGGGAAUCCCUUACGCUGUGAGCACCAUGUCUCCAUUGUCAGAUCCAGGGAGCUCGCUGAAGAGUCUGACCCUCAGCUCUCAGCCAGGGAGCCCUGCUGAAGGAGACUCCGGGUGUUGGCUCUGCAGUGACACAUCUCUAGAGAAGGACUCUCCCUGGUACUGUAAUGAAUACUGCACACUGAGCACCCUCCAGCAGACUAGUCCAGUCACAGCAGAGCACCAUGGGAGCUCGUCAACAAAAUUUUGCCCACAAGGGAUUAUCAGAGCAGAUGCCAUUCAGGAAGCAUAAAAUGAUGUGAUUGUAUGUAGUAACUGGAGAACAAAAGAGUGUGAAGUCCAAACUUUAAAUAAUGUUGGGCCUAAAAGUUCAACUGCAGACAUCUACAAGGGGAAAUGUAAUGCUUCAGAACACUCCAACUACUUCAAGCUACAAACAGCUACUGUAAAUGCUUUACUUUGUUUUUACGUUACAAUGGUAUUUAGCCAUUAGGAUAUUAAUUGGUGAGCAUGUCUAUUUGUAAAAUGUUUCCUUAGCAUUAUGCAAAAUGUCAAUGAUAUAAAAUAAUUGCUUAACAUUUUGCCUUCAUCAAAUGUGUAACAGAUCUGUAAGCAAAAUAGCUCUGACUCAUUUUUUCAAGAUAACUGAGUAGUUUUCUUUGUUUCUGGAACGUAAGGUGAUCUUGCUGGAUAUUUUACUCAUGUAAUAAAGAAAA